UUUGUUUAACAUUAAUCUGUUAUAUUUUGAUGUUUCUAAAAUUAUUAUAUGACCAAUUGAAAGGACAGAUUUGUUUAUUACGUAAAGCCCUCUACAAAACACUCGCAAUUAUUAUGGCCAUCCAAAUUUUUGGGUAUUUCUUUUCUUGUAUCUCUUACAAAAUUGUAGGGCAAAUAUCCUUAACUGAAAUACAAUCUCAUAUUAUUCACGGAUUUAUAAAUUGUUUAUCCUCUCUAAGUUCAACUAUCGAAGUUCCCGUUUUGUUUGUUGUAAGUACUGAACAUAAUUUGGCUUUAAAAGAUGAAUUUAAAUGGUUAUUUAAACUUUUCUCUAAAGAAACAAAAACUAAUGUUAUUGCAAUCAAAAAUAAUGAGGAUAUUGAAAUUAUUGAAGGAAAUGAACAAAAUAAAUUUUUAAAUAUUACAAAAGAAAAAAUUGAAAAUUAA